UCCAACCUAGCAACACAUUCGAAAGAUAAGUUGCGCUUAAAUCCUCUCCAAAAGAGCUAAUCCAUGGAUAUUUUCUAUUUCUAUUCCCAACUCCAGUCUCUUGUUCAAACUCAACUCCAGCAAUCUCCCAUGACCCUCCUCCUCUCCGUCGUCCCUCUUCUCCUCUUCCUCGGGCUCGUGGCUCGGCUCCGGCGCAAGCCGCCCUUCCCACCGGGCCCGAGGGGCCUCCCGGUCAUCGGGAACAUGCUCAUGAUGGGCGAGCUCACCCACCGCGGCCUCGCGAGUCUGUCGAAGAAGUAUGGCGGGAUCUUCCACCUCCGCAUGGGCUUCCUGCACAUGGUUGCCGUGUCGUCCCCCGACGUGGCCCGCCAGGUCCUCCAGGUCCACGACGGGAUCUUCUCGAACCGGCCUGCCACCAUCGCGAUCAGCUACCUCACGUAUGACCGGGCCGACAUGGCCUUCGCGCACUACGGCCCGUUCUGGCGGCAGAUGCGGAAGCUGUGCGUGAUGAAGCUCUUCAGCCGGAAGCGGGCUGAGUCGUGGGAGUCGGUCCGCGAUGAGGUGGACACGAUGGUGCGCACCGUCGCGGGCAGCGAGGGGACCGCCGUGAACAUCGGCGAGCUCGUGUUCGAGCUCACGCGGGACAUCAUCUACCGCGCGGCCUUCGGCACGAGCUCGACCGAGGGCCAGGACGAGUUCAUCAGCAUACUGCAGGAGUUCUCGAAAUUAUUUGGCGCCUUCAACAUAGCCGAUUUUAUCCCGUACCUGAGCUGGAUCGAUCCGCAAGGGCUCACCGCCAGGCUUGUCAAGGCGCGCCAGUCGCUGGACGGGUUCAUCGACCACAUUAUAGAUGAUCACAUGGACAAGAAGAGAAACAAGACUAGUUCCGGUGGAGGCGAUCAAGAUGUCGAUACCGACAUGGUGGACGAUCUGCUGGCCUUCUACAGCGACGAAGCGAAGGUGAACGAGUCCGACGAUUUGCAGAACUCGAUCAGGCUAACGAGAGACAACAUCAAGGCCAUCAUCAUGGACGUGAUGUUCGGCGGGACGGAGACCGUGGCGUCAGCUAUCGAGUGGGCCAUGGCGGAGCUCAUGCGAAGCCCCGAGGACCUGAAGAAGGUCCAGCAAGAACUCGCGGAUGUCGUGGGCUUAGACCGGAGAGUCGAGGAGAGCGACUUCGAGAAGCUGACCUAUCUCAAGUGCUGUCUCAAAGAGACCCUCCGCCUCCACCCGCCGAUCCCGCUGCUCCUCCACGAGACGGCAGAGGAUGCCGUGAUCUCCGGCUACCGCAUCCCCGCACGGUCCCGGGUCAUGAUCAAUGCAUGGGCCAUCGGGCGUGACCCCGGCUCGUGGACCGAACCUGACAAGUUCAAACCGUCCCGGUUCCUGGAGUCAGGCAUGCCCGACUACAAGGGGAGCAACUUCGAGUUCAUCCCUUUCGGGUCGGGCCGGAGGUCGUGCCCAGGGAUGCAGCUCGGGCUCUACGCGCUCGACAUGGCCGUGGCCCACCUCCUGCACUGCUUCACGUGGGAACUGCCCGACGGGAUGAAGCCGAGCGAGAUGGACAUGGGCGACGUCUUCGGGCUCACCGCGCCGAGGUCCACCCGGCUCGUGGCGGUGCCGACUCCGAGGUUGGUGGGGGCUCUAUAUUGAGCAAGCAAAUGGAGGGUCGGGUUGGGGGGUGCGGGGAGGGGAACGUAUUUUUCAGCUCCUGGAGGGCUGCAAGAUUUGGAGUGCAUAAACCCAUCCAUACAAGGGCAAAAGAGGGUGGUGCCAAAAUGAUUUGCAUGGAUUUUUCGAUUUUUGUUUUGUAUUAUAAAAAAGGUCAAAUAACCGAAGAGGACAAGAAAGACAAGAAAAAGAAUUGAGACGGAACUUGAAUCAAUGUUGUUCUGUUCUCUCUUUCUAUUUCUUUGUGGAUAUUACAAGACUUAUCUCAUUUGGUGGGCUUUUCUUUUCUUGUGAUUUCUUUGAUCUUGUCAUACACAAAUAAAUAUGGAAUGAAGAAACCUUUCCAUCAUCAA